GUAAUGUGUAUGACUAUGGCGAAACCAAUAUAUUUAAAAAACAUUCAGAAAUGAAGUUACCUGUAAUAGACUUUGCCAGUUGUGCGAUUCGAAACAAAAAUGUAUCACCGAAAGACUUGAAAUAUGUUGGAGAUUCUAUUGUAAAAGCUUUCCACUCGGCCGGUUUCGUCUAUCUGAAAGAUACUGGUGUAUCAGAGAAUGAUCUCGAGAAAGUGUAUAAAUCUGCAAAACAGUUUUUUGAUCUGCCCAUUGAAAAGAAGAAAGAGUACAACAUCAAUAAAGAUUGCUUUGGUUACAUCGGGGUGGGAGUAGAAAGAAAUUCCGCUCAAUGACCAGCAGACUUCAAAGAAGGUUUCGAUGUUCCUGGAUCUGCAUGCGUACCUGGAGGGGGAAUUUGGCCAGACAAAGAGGUUGCUGGAUUUUCUUAUGUCAUGAAGGAAUUUGCAAAUAUUUGUCGUUUCUUGUCCACUCGGAUAUUGAGUGCAAUUUCACUGGGAUUGGG